AUGAGUCUUGACGAGUGUAAAAGGUUUUGCUUGAGGAAUUGCUCGUGUACAGCUUAUGCAAUUAGAGGUAGUGGAAGCGGAUGCUUGUUAUGGUUUAAUAAGCUUAUUGAUAUCUGCAGAGUGCCGAAAGAAAAUGAGUUGAAUGGUUUAAACAUAAUUGAACUCACAGCUAACUUGCAACUCGCAUUGAAAUUCAGCUCCAGUUGCAGCUACCCAGGGAGCACCCCACUGCAUUUGGCAGCUCGCGAAGGUUCUUUGGACUGUGUCAGGGAAUUGCUUGCUUGGGGUGGAGAUAGACUUCAGACAGAUUCAUCUGGGAAGAUUCCGUACACGGUUGCUUUGAAACACAAACAUGCAGCAUGUGCAGCCUUGUUAAACCCUUCAUCUCCAGAACCUCUAGUGUGGCCAGCUCCUUUGAAGUUCAUCAGUGACCUUAAUCCAGAGGCAAGAACUCUAUUAGAGAAAGCCUUAAUUGCAGCAAAUAAGGACAGGGAAAGGGUUAUCUUGAGGGACACAAUGAACUCAUUUUCAUCAUCCCCUGUACAUUCUGAUUCUGGGCUUGCAGAGGAUAUUUCUGAGGCAAGUGAUGUUGAUUUAUGCUCCAUUUGUUUCGAGAAAAUCUGCACUAUUGCCGUCAAGGAUUGUGGUCACCAGAUGUGCGCACAGUGCAUGCUAAUCUUAUGUUGCCACAAUAAGCCAAAUGCUGCCAGUAGUUGUUCAAAAUCACCACUAUGCCCAUUUUGCAGAAGCAACAUUAGCGAACUGGUUGUUGCUAAUGUCAUGGCAAACACCAGUACGGAUGAGGAGCUCAGCCCUUCAAAGCCAAGGAGAUCAUCAAGAAGGUCUUUCAAUAGUGAAGGCAGCAGCAGUAGCUUUAAGAGUUUGUCAGCACUGAGCUCAUUUGGAAGGACAGGCGGUCGAAAUUCAGGAAGAGUUGUUGCAGAAUGCAGUGAAGAUCUUGAUAAGUUUUGAAACCGUAAUAAAGUCCAGAAAUAGAGAAGUCGCUAUAAUCUUAAUGUGAGCUUACGUAGUCGAGUACACCGUUUUGUAGGGUUAUGCAAUGAUUUGCUUUCGUCUCUGGUAGCUUUAAGUUGCGAAAGUUGUGAUCAAGGUUAGCAGCCUGAGUGAAACAUGGAUGCAAAACAUCCAUACUUUUUUCCCCGGCUAUGACAAAGGAAGAGAUCCAUUGUCCGGCCAAGGAAAACUAAUAAGAUACAAGUCUUUACUCAA